CAAAGUCCUGGCAGUUCCCUGGGAAUCUUCGCUGAGGCUGGGUACAGUUUGGAGGGGGUCGUUGCGUAUUUAAGUCAACAGGUCAUUCACCUUUUGCCCAGCGCCUGGAAGUGAGACGGGGCCAUUGCUGGAGGUGGGUGCGCUCUUGCUCUCCAAGUCGCGAAGGGCGUCACGAAUCUUCCUACAACCGACUGCAUCUUCCGUUACUGUUUCCAGUUCUGCAAGAAACGCGAGCAAAGAUGUCCAGAUACAGCCGCCAACAAUGGCUGACCUUGAUUGUUUUCGCCAUCGCCGAUUUCUGCAGUGCCGUGUGUGUGUCACUUCAGGCGCCCUUUUACCCAAGCAUGGCAGAGUCGAAAGGCGCCACGCCUACGCAGUAUGGGUUCGUAUUUGGAAUCUUCGAGUUAACUGUCUUCAUCGUUAGCCCCAUAUAUGGGAACUACAUCAACACCAUCGGUCCCAAAUUCAUGUUCAAUGCGGGCAUCUUCACCACAGCCAGCACUUGCAUCCUCUUCGGUUUCCUCGACCGCAUCAACAGCACCAACCUCUUCAUCGGGUUCUCCUUCGUCAUCAGGAUCAUCGAGGCUAUGGGGAACGCAGGAUUCCUCACCGCCUCCUUCAGUAUCAUCGCUAAAGAAUUCCCCGAAAACGUCGGGGCCACUUUUGCCUCACUGGAAACUUGCUUCGGGUGUGGCAUGAUAGUUGGCCCCACCCUGGGAGGAGCUCUUUUCGAACUCGGAGGUUAUACCUUGCCAUUCGUCACUCUUGGAUGUAUGUUGUUCGUUGCUGCCAUUCUCACCUACUGCGUCCUUCCAAGUUACGGAGAUUUCAGGGGCCAGAGCGAAUCAUCAGGGAACAUGUUGCAAUUGAUGAAGGUUCCAUCCAUCUCUUUCGCUGCCUAUGCCAUCAUGGCGGCAUCCAUCAGUAUUGGUUUUCUACAAGCUACUCUAGAACCCCAUCUGCGUUCCUUCAAUCUGUCUCCUUUCCAGCUGGGUCUUAUUUUCGUGCUGAACGGGGCCACGUAUGGUAUAUUCGCUCCCCUGUGGGGAUGGCUCUGUGAUAAGAAGCUCAACCCCAGAGUUGUCGUCAUCUUCGGGGCGAUAGUAGUCACGAUCACUUUCCUGAUGAUUGGACCGGCCCCUUACCUUCCCGUCGGCGGCAUCAGCAUUCCCAUCUGCAUCGCCGCCCUCGUCCUCCACGGUACAGGUUUCGGCGCAGAAUUAGUCGCCACCUUCACCAGUGCCCACAGAGACGCCGUUGCCAAUGGCUUCCCCGACGACAUUCAGACGUAUGGUCUCGUGUCGGGCAUGUGGACCUCGACCUUCGCUCUUGGGGCGUUCAUCGGCCCAUCAGCUGCCGGGGCGCUCUUCGAUGCGGUCGGAUUCCCGUGGGCGACACAGUUCGUCGUCGCCCUGCACGCCCUCGCUGCCGUCCUCUUCACCUUCUUCUUGUGCUGCUCCAAGAAGCAGGAGGAACCUGCCGGGGUCUACACCAAGAUCAAUCAGAACCUCGUACAGGCCACGGAGAACGAGCGGGCGUCUCUCAUCGCCAUUCCGGCACCGAAGAGAAGAGACGAUCCGGGUUUCGUGGAUUUCUCUUAUUGCAGCCGCCUGUCAACCACCCCCAAUUUCGUAUUCUGAAAAAAAUAUAUUAUGCAUGCAUAUUUCGUCUAACAUAUGAUGACAUUUUUCCAAAGCAUUAUUGUGAUAUUUUUUAUGUGACUUGUCCAACCGAUUAAAAUUAUGAUGAUCAUCAUCAUGAUUAUGGCCAACAGGUAAUACGUUUUAGUGUUCAGGUGUUUGGCUUUACGCAAUCCUUUCUUGUAUUCUCCAACCAGCCUUAUAUAUAGAAAAGAAUAUCUUUACAAAUUUAUUCCAAAAUCAUUUUUGCAUGUUUACUCGGUCCUGUUGCAUAUUAGUAAUCGCGUAUUGCAAAAUAUAAGAUUUAUAUUUGUGUGGACUGUAUAAGAGAACCUUAAAAUCAGGUCGCUCUUGAUCGGAAUGUGUCUGUCUCUCUAUCCCUUCGCGAGGCAUUCCUUUUGACAAUUUAUUUUUAAUCAAGGCAAUCUUCUUGCCUCGUAAUGUUUUCUGAUGAUGAGAUGUUUUUACUUCAGGUUAAAAGUGUAAUAUCGUAACUUAUAAGUGUUCGAGUAUUUUUGUUAGUAUGCUAUCUAUACAAAAGACAGAUCUGUCAUUAUCAGAUUGCUUCGUCUUCAUGUGUAUUUUUUAAUUAGGUUAAUUUUAUUAUUGACUUCUGAAUCCGAUGUCGUACUUCUUAAGUGUAUCAUUAAUAUUUUUUAUGAUCACCUCCACUUAUAUCUUAUUUUUGUAAUGUGAACGUUUCAUUCUUUAGUACUUUGGGUGUUGUGUAUAAAACGCCCUAUACAUCUGUUUAGUUAUAAUAGCCUCAAAUUUUAUAACCGUUGAAAUGUGAUAUUUUGCUAUCUUCAGGCAAGCAGUUCGUAUCUUCUUUAUUCUAUUGCAUUUGAAUUCUGAUAUUCUGAUGUAUUUUGUACACUUUCAACAUGGCGUCUCAUUUUCUGUUGUUCUCGAAAGAUGGCGUCAUUCUGUCAUCAUUUCAGACUUGUUUAUCUCGUAAACCAGGCUGUAGUCUUGCCGCAUUAUCAUCCGGGUAUUUUGUCUUAACGGACAUCAUUUUAACUGCAUUGGCAGUUGCAUCCUAUCAUACUUUGGUGUUGUAAGUUGGUUAUCUGUGUUUGUAUAACAAAUAUAUUAUUCGAGGCCUAUUCAGUUGAUGCUUGGAAGCGAUGUAGGUCAGUGGCCACUGCUUUCCUGUGGUUGGUGUCUUUUGAAACUGAAUAAACCCUUCUUGUGA